AUGCCUCCUCAAUUACUCCCCGCCUCCGCGGCCGCCUUUGCACCUAGAGCAACCUCCGUCAAUGUGGUUUUAAGUUCCAAGGUGGAGCCGUGGCUAACACAGACCCUCAAGCGCAUCAACCGCAUCAAGCGCCCACUCAACAGCGUGCCCCAACACCAGAGAUGUUUAACGGAAACUUUAUCCUCAUCAACGGCUAUCUGGACCCUAACUUCUCUCAUGUUGCCCAAGGCUCCCGAGUCAGAGUUGCGCAAGGAUUCCAACCCGCUAAUCGAGGCUCUCUUCAACUAUCAGCUCAUCCACAUCGAGGCCUACAUUGUCCACGUUGAUAUGGUAUUAAGAAACGAGGUCGCCUUCAAACUCACGCCCGACUCGAUCGAAUCCCUCAUUGAGUAUCACAAGGAGAUACACUGCGUAGAUAUUUCCGCCAAUACUUAUUCCUGGUCGGAGAAAGAGUUGCAGGUCAAGAAGUUGCACGAGGAGUUCAUUCAAGCUAUCAACAAGUUUGUCUACCGGACUCACGUUUCCGCCCUUGAAGGACUGGAAGAGGAUGGCGCUGGAGAGCUAUUAUGUGGGAAGAGCGAGGAUGUCAAGACCAAUAUCAUGGGUCUGUUCCUCGCACUGUUACCACCCCCACCUCGGAUUGUUGAUGUCGUUCGCCAACCACCAUUGCUGCCCAGCUCUCCCGCAGGCGCAAAUUGGUGGUCACAGCCAAGCAUCCCUACGUCUGUGCCAGCGCCGGUAGAUUCAUGGAGGGUCCUUCCGUCAAGCCCGAGCUCCACAUCGUCGUCGGAUACCAACACGAUAUGGGCCAACAUGGCACUGCACGAAAUCCAGCUCCCAUCUCCAACACCGUCAUUCAGCCAGCCAUACUCGACAUCCGGUAUGUUCUACAGCUCACCUCAAGUCAGCGCUCCUAUUCCAUCCCUUCCAUUACCUAGCAUGUUAGCGCAGUCUCAAUGCGGCGUCAAUGUUGGAUAUGGGGGGUUUGGAUGGGACAACCGAUACCAGGAAUUUGCAACAACGAUGUGA